AUGUCCUCCCACUACACCACAGAGCCAGCUCCCACGGCAUCCGCAACUCUAAACACGACCUUCGGCCCCCUGCACAUCGCUCUCUUCGCAAACCAAACCCCGCUAACAUGCCGCAACUUCCUCCAACACUGCAUGGACAACUACUACGCGGGGACAAUCUUCCACCGCAUCGUCCCAGAUUUCAUCAUCCAAGGAGGCGACCCGACAGGCACAGGCUCCGGCGGAACCUCCAUCUAUGAGUACCCCGAAUUCGAGUACGACCCUGACGCACGCGACCCGAAUGAGAAAGUCGUUCUCCGCGAUGAACUGCACAGUCGAUUACGGUAUAACCGGCGCGGGCUGGUGGGGAUGGCGAAGAGCGAGGAUGGCACGUAUGGGAGUCAGUUUUUUAUCACGCUGGCGAAUACGGAGCGCGAGCUGAAUGGGCAGUGUACGCUUUUCGGGCGCAUUGAGGGGGAUACGUUGUAUAAUAUGUUGAAGAUUGCGGAUGCGGAGCGUGUCGAGGGGACGGAGAGGCCUGUUUAUCCCGUCAAGAUUACGUCGUGUGAAGUGGGUGAGUUGGGACCUCUUGCGGGUAAGGUUAGGAAGAGGGAGGUUACGGCUACGGGGCCAAAGACCGAGGAGAAACCGGCGGCGAAGAAGAAGAAGAAAGCCAAGCCUGGGAAGGCCCUAUUGAGCUUCGGAGGGGACGAUGAAGAAGGCGAGGAGGAUAUGCCUAUUCGGCCUGCGAAGCCCAAGUUCAACCCUGCGCUCGUCACCGAUACGAAACUGCCAGAGAAGGAGCUCUCUACAAAGAAGUCAUCCUCGCCAACGCGCAAACGACCCCGAUCUCCAUCCCCGAAACGCUUGCGCCAGCCAUCUCCCAAACCCAUCGACCGGCCAAGGACACCAGACCACUCAAACCAACUCCCUCUACCCGACCCCGAAUCCCCCGAACGCUCCCCUUCCCCCCAACAACCAAGGCAAUCCUUCCUCUCACGAACGAAUGCCGAAAUCGAGAACCUCAAAGCCUCCAUGCGCCGUACCGUGCAAGCGCCCGCCGCCUCCUCCAAACCAAAGUCCGCGCUUGAAGCCAUGAUUCCCGAGACCGCAAUUCGCGGCCGCAAACGCCCGGCCCCAGGAAGCACCAACUCCACCUCAAACGGGAUAACGGGAUUCAGUAGCAGCAAUAGCGCUGAAGCGGAAGCACUCAAGAUGUUCAAUGCCUUCAGAGCGAAACUUGAGAAUGCCGACUCCGCCCCUACUUCUUCCACAAAAACGACCAAGAAACCAUCCUCCUCGUCGCACACCACAGCACCAGAACCCACAGAAGACGAAGACGAAGAAUCGCAACUUUGUGACCUGCACUUCAUCGCCAACUGCCAGUCCUGCAAAACGUGGGACACCAACGGUGCUGAACGCGCCGAGGGUGCUAAUACCGCAGACGACGACGCAAACGACCGCGGCUGGUUAAGUCACCAGCUGCAAUUCGGGCGCGACACGCUUGGCAAAGAUCUCAAUUGGAAGCGCGAGCAUCAGGACGUCGAUACCUUGAUGGUGAUUGACCCGCGCGAGAAGGAGAAGGACAUUGCUGGGGAGAGGAAGGGGAAGAGGAGGGGUUUGGAGAGAGAUCGCGAGCGCGAGAGGAAAAAGGGGAGGGUUGGAGAUUUGGAGUGGUCGAAGCGGUAG